GACUGCAGGACAAUUGUAUCAUGUGACAGGGUUCGUUGAGGCGCGACUGGUUGACUGUCGGGAGUGACAAUGUGAUGUGUUACUGGAGUCGAGGUGUCACAGGUAAAAACUCAUCAGCCGCGUACCUACCUGGUACCCUAGACUGACGACACGCUGACCAGAAGCUGACCGAUGCGUUGUGACGAGCAAGAAACAAUACUGACCGCAGACAGAGUGGACACUCGCGAGGAUUGACAUCUGGACUUAAACAAUACUGGUCAUUAUUGAUGAUAAAUUGAGCAUCCUUGGCAAUAUCCAUGGUGUCACCCCUCGUCCACAGGUAGAUGGUCGGAACCACAGCUGUGUGUGUAUGUAGUCAUUCUCCUCGCGCUGGAGGUGUGUUUAACAUUUACGUGGAUAACGGCAAGAAAUUCAGAACUUUUCGCAACCUGAAGUAACGGGACUCUAACGGCUAGCAAUCAGUGACAGAUAAACCCUGUGUGAGAGAUGCUGUGAUGUGAUUCCCCACUGGCAUGAUCAGAUAGAAUAGAAACGGAAAUAUUUAAAGCCAAAAUGGCGGAGACUGUUGUGAGAAUACUGUUGGUGUUUUCGAUGUUAACACUGUCUGGAUGUAUUGACCUGUUCUACAGCGUCCAAGAGGAACAGACACCACCGGUCAUUCUUGGAAAUGUGGAGACGGACAGCUCUGUCCUUAACCUCAUCGAUCCCGACCAGCAACAAAACAUCAAAUACAGAAUCUUGAACACGGCCGAGAGCUUCACAACAAACUUUGACCUUGAGGUCAGUACUGGAGUGCUGAAACUUGAUGCAAAACUCGACCGUGAGGCUUUGUGUAAUUCGGCUGCAGCUUGUGUGUUACAACUGAGCAUUGCUGUGGCGUCUUCUGAUAAGUUCAUCACUUCCAUCAAGGUCAAUGUCACUGUAUUGGACACAAAUGAUCACAAACCUUUGUUCUCAAGGAGUUCCAUUUCGGUACCGAUCUCUGAGCGGUCGUCUGUGAAUCUAACAUUUCCCAUCAUUGGUGCAACAGAUUUGGAUGCUGUCGGUCUAAACAAUUCCAAAAUUUCUUACCAGAUCUUCCCGAACAGCGAGACAUUUGGUCUUAAACUGAUGUCAGGUUCACAGGGUAGUACUGAUGUCAGCCUCAUUCUGAAACAGACAGUUGACCGGGAGAAACUUGACAACUAUCAGAUCUAUGUGGUGGCUAAGGAUAUGGGUGUCCCUCAACUGUCCAGUACGCUGACUGUUGAUGUCACCGUCGAGGACUACAAUGACAACAAGCCAGUCUUCACGAAGAAUCGAUACAAUGCUACUGUCCGGGAGGAUGUCGCUAUAGAUACAGUGAUACAGACAGUUGUGGCUUCAGAUUUGGAUGCUGCAGAUAAUGGAAGGGUCAAGUAUGAGUUCGUAUUUCCACAGACUUUGUUUGAAUUGGACGGAGAGUCUGGGGAAAUAUCAGUCGUCCAGCAGCUCACGUUUUCUGCGGCCCCGCUGGAGUUGUCUGUCCGGGCAUACGAUCUAGGAACGCCUCAGCAAACCAGUCUCACUCUGGUAGAUGUACACAUUAUUGACAUCAACAACCAUGACCCUGAAAUUAAUAUUCGUCUCCUUAGUAACUCCAACUCCGCUACAGUUGAGGAAAACUCCAAUAUUGGAACGCUGGUGGCAUAUGUUUCCGUCCAAGACAAGGAUAGCUCCAAUAAUGGAAAGGUAAACUGCUCCAUUAAAAGCUCUCAGUUCAGUCUGCUCAGAAUCUCAAAUUCUGAGUAUACUGUAGUCACCGCAGAAAAGCUUGACCGCGAGGACAAGAUUGAGUAUGUCAUAACAGUGCUGUGUGAGGACAAUGGUCAGCCACGCAGGAACCAUUCAGCCAGCUUUAUUGUCGAGGUCCUUGACAAGAAUGACAACAUGCCCAUAUUCAUGCAGGGUGUUUACUAUGGCAACCUCACAGAGAACAACCAGGCAGGUAAAAUGGUGACUCGCGUGUCUGCCUCUGAUAUGGAUCAAGGAGUGAAUGCCGAGGUCCGAUACUUCGUAGAAAGUGACUUUGCUGAUAUGUUCUACGUGGAGCCAACAACGGGCGUGGUCAUAGCCAAUGUGAGGUUUGACCGUGAAAAGGUCAGCGAAGUCAGGUUUAAGGUGCUGGCCAUGGACUCCGGUACGGACAUAAAAUACACGUCAAACACAACCGUGAUAGUGACUAUCAUAGAUGAUAAUGAUGAAUACCCGCUGUUCACACAAACAAGAUUCAACUUCUCGAUAAGUGAGAAUCAGAAUGCUGACACGUUACUUGGAAAUAUCUCAGCCACUGACCGCGACAUCGGAAUGAACGGACAGGUCAUGUACUCCCUCCCAUCUCAACACCAGAUGACCUUACCCUUCGUAGUGUUUCCUAAUGGAACAGUCAAAUCAAAUCGUCCUCUUAACAGAGAAUUAAAAAGUAGCUACGAUUUCAUUGUCAUGGCAACAGACAGAGGAGUGCCAGCCUUGAGUAGCACGGCAAAGGUAUCGGUCCAAGUUUUAGACAAAAAUGACAAUUAUCCACAAAUUAUUUAUCCUGUCAAAAACAAUGGUACAGUUAUUGUGUCCCAUCUCACACCACCAGGUAAUGAGGUGACAAAAAUAGAUGCAUAUGACCUUGACGAAGGUCGUAAUGGUGCUUUGGUGUUCUCAAUGUCGCGAGCUAGUGCUAACGAGUUAUUCUACAUAGAGGAGACAACCGGGAAGAUUUACCUGGCUCAGGAAAUCCGCACGGAGGAUAUUAAAGACUAUAACCUCAUGAUAGAGGUCAGUGACAAGGGCAUCGUGCCAAAAAAGAGCGGUGCCGAUAUUACGCUGAGGAUCGAGUUCACAGUGACGGAGGAGACAUCUCAACCUGGCAUUGGCCAAAAUGUUCUCAUUGCCAUAACAAUUGCUUGUGUGACAAUCGUGCUAUCUCUGGCAAUCUUAGUGACAAUAUUUUUAAUAAGGAGGGGGGACUCGUCCAAGGGGAGUGGGCGGGGCAGUCUCACCGAACAUGAGGAAGUGAAAGUGACAGAGACACUACAAAUUCCUCCCAAAAAGCCAUGCUUAGCCAGGGAGGGGGCACGCUCACCCCUCCCAGAAAACAACAAUAGUGUUCAUUAUGAUGUGAAAAAAGAAGUUAGUUUUUCAAUGGACGAUCACGAUCACAGGGAUUCUGGGAUAUUUAUGAUUGCCAACGAUCACUCCAGUCCUGUACCCAUGACAAGACAGAGUAAAACACGUCAGCUACAGACAUUCAUAUCCCAGCAGCCCCCAACUCGAGAUAAACAGGAGAGGCGUGGGGCCGAUCCCGCGCAAGACGAACUUCAUCGCAUGGCAUCCAUACGACUUCACGAAAAACUGAUGCAUUCCUACAAUAAACCCUUGGUCUACCACCCCGACGAGAAUCGACAGUUAUUAUUGCUGAAAAAAGGGUUAGAGGACUCGCGUAGCGACAACUCAGGGGAGGUAACUACAGACAGUGGACGGGGUGGCAGCGAGGAAGAUAUGCACCAUGCAAGCAUCAUGAUAUAGGAUGGCAGGGAAUCAACUCAUAAAAAAAAGGCAAUUUUACAUGAUAUGGCAGUGAAGAAAAAAGAAGUGAUAUUUAACUAUAUAGGGUAACAUGGAAGAUGGCUAUAAAUAUAGCCAGAGGUCAGGAACUGUACAAAGGUCAAGGUUAGAGGUCAACCAAUAACUGAUGCUCAGAACUCCAGCCAAAUUACUAUAGAUCAACUCCCUAGUUGACUGACCAUGUCUGUGUUCCUGUGACAGGUCAUCAGGUGCACAUCUGAUUUUACAGAUUGGACCAGCUGUACUGAAGCUACUUCUCAGGAAAAUGGAUGUAAUUGUUUUGCUUAAAGCAACAAGACUGUGAAUGUGAUCCCCCAUAGGGAUUGAGUUCUUAAUAUUCCUUCAAAAGGACAAUUACAUGUUAUGUAUUUUUUCAUGAGAUUCCCACAAGUUUCUUCCAUAUGCUCGGUACAUAUGCUGCUGCUGCUGAAGAUGUAUUUUCGUGCCUGUUGAUGAUAUUCUACAAAAGGUCCUGACCACUUACAAAGUCUGUUGGCCACUCAUAAUGACACAAUGUAAAUUAUGAUCUCAAGCCUAAAAAAAAAUGUUAUUGUCAAAACCAAUCAUAAUUCAUCUCUUAUCAACCAAUUACAGGCCAUCUCUCAUUAACCAAUCACAGUCCAUCUCUCAUCAACCAAUCAGUUAUCUGCUCAUGAAUGAGGACAAUUAAGUUACUGAAUUGUCAAAAUUGUAUUGUUAUGACCAUGAAAUGUUAUUUAUUUUCUAGUCCUGUAAUAAAACCAUUUUGUACACAUUUAUUACCGCGACUGAAACUGUUUUGUACUGAUAUUUAUUAUGUUAUUGUUUUAUAUACAACAGUAAUAAACAAAAUUUAA